AUGGAGCAGCAGUUAAUGCGCUCGGAGGACAUUAUGAGGAAAGUCGCGCCAGGUUUGGCGGCUGCAUUGGGGAAGCACGGAGUGCCACCCGAUCCUUGCAGCGCUUGCCCUGCAUUCACCUCCGCCUUGGGCCCACCCGCUCCCACCCCAGACGCUCAUCCAGCUGUAGUGCGCCCAAACUACGGCCACGCUGCAAACAAAAUUCCUGACGUCGGACAACGACGGCGCGAGCCGAAGGAUGCCGGACCAGCUGCUCGUUUCUAUGGCACUACCCCACAGCCAGGGAGCACUUACUCGCUACCGGUGCUGCAGCAAGCUGGAGCUUUCGCACAAGAGCCGCGAGGGCAUUUCAACGGGCUCACAGGCUUCGUGCCAGUCAAUCAGCCUUGGCCGCGAAUGCAACUGCAAGGCCCUGCCUUGCCGCAUUUUGCGGCACAAGCCUGUCCGAGAUUGCAUCAAGGUUCUGCAACACAAGAUGUCGCCCUUCCUUGGCCGCGGAUGCCACGACCAGGCCUGGCACUUGGCCCAGAGCCCUGGCCACCAGGCUGUGCUCUACCGACUUUGCACCCAGGCGUUCCCGUUGUCGGCCAUCACAUGCUGCCGAAAGUCCAAGCUCCUCAAGGAGUGCCGGUGCCACAUCCACCAGGUCACACUGCAGCUUCGAUGGACGCAGAACUUCCGGAAUCUGGGCAGCAAGGUUUAGGAGUCCAAGUUGGCCCACUACCGGACUUGCAGCCUCAAGGCCUCAGUGCGUCAGACCAGGGCUGCAAGGCCAAGAGCUCCCUGAGCACACCCCCGCCACCGAGGCCCUCGGCUGCUUGUCCGGUGAAUGCCCAGGACCUUGAGGCCUUCCUGGCCAGCAAGGCCGCCAUGGCCUCCGCAGGCGAAGAUGCCCAGGCCUCGGAAGAGACGAAGACGCCGUCAAGCGAGAACGACAACAGUGGUCGAUUGCUGCUGAUGCUUUUGAAGGGCAGCAGAGGUGAAGGAACAGGAGCCUUGCCCGAAGUGAACGACGAGCGCUGGCACAAGUCCCGCUGGGAGCCAUUGCUGCAACCUUUUGCCGACUCCAGUGACCCAAAGCGCUUCAUCUCUGCGGAGCACUUUGCCCCUGGACGGGGACUCUGUGUGUCGGGAUCUGGUGCCUUGCCAUGUGUGCUACAGGAUUUGCCGCGUUCUGAUCUGCUGGUGAUGUACAAACCAUCCGGUUGGGCCACAUGUUCAACGCCGCAGUGGGAAGGGGUACACGGCAAUUUGAUCCGCUAUGUCUGGAAAAAGCACGCCCAUGGCCCAGUGGCCGCUCCAUGCCAUCGGCUGGAUAGGGGGACGAGUGGGAUCGUGAUCGUGGCCAAGUCUCGCACCGCUUUGCGACACGUAUGCUUGCAGAUAUCGAGCCGCUCAUUGGUCAAGCAGUACAUCGGCCUCUGCAGAGGCAUCAUGGACCCUCCUCAGGGGGCCUUGUCCAUUCCGCUGGCGAUCAGCAGUGCAGACAAGCCACUGGGAGCUUGUGCAACCGCAGGGCGCAUGGCCGUCACCAGGUAUCGAGUGCUGGGAUACUUCCGGCAACAGACCGCAGGAGGCUCGACCGAAUACAGCCUGGUCCAAGUCCAGAUUGACCAUGGACGGCAACAUCAGAUCCGUCUCCACAUGGCCUCGAUGGGGCAUCCGAUCGUGUGCGAUGUGAAGUACAGCUCGUCGCAUUUUAAGGAGGACUCCCAAGUCACUGGUGGCCGGCUCUUUCUCCAUGCCGCUUUCCUUCGAGGGACCUUGCCCCCGGAUGGUACUGCUCCUCUGAGCAUCGCCUGCCGCCUACCACGGCAGCUACGCGAGUGCUUGACCUCCAUGGAGCGCCUCAGGAGCCUUGAAGAGACGCUGUCCCUCGAGGCCACCGAGCUUUGUGACUGUCUGCUGAUGCCAGACCCAGAGGUGGUCCAGAAAUGCGAUCCUGGAUUGGAGGUGAAGACCUCCAGCAAAGCCAGCAGCGAGAAGGAGACCGAAGACCCAGAGACUGAGGACCUGGAAACUGAGGAGACCGAGGAAACCGAGGCAGAGGAGGCAGAGGAGGUGGCAGGUGUGCUCUCUAAGAGGAACUUGGAGACGGAAAUGCUGGCGCAGAUGAACGAGCUGCUGAACACAGAGGCUGAGCCAGGUGAUCGGUCCGAGACGGACAGCGAGUCCGAAGCAAACAACGAGCUCCCGGAGGAGGUAGAUGAGGAAACCAACCUCGAAGGGGUUGACAGCGUGGCUGAAACCGACAGUGGCUUUGGACCUAUGUCGCUCCACAGCCAGUUCGUCAGGUGCAAGGUCUGUGGUGAACAGGAGAAGGUGGAGAAGGUCGAGUUUCCGGCGCUUCGGCUCCGUUUGAGCUGUCGGUCUGUGGCGACGUGGAACGCCCAAGUCUUGAAGCUCUUUCAUUCGGAGGAGGACCGUGAACAAGGCCAGCAGCUCCAGCCGCGGCAUUCGGAGAGGUGGUCCAACCAGGACUGGACGAACGAGUGGUCCAACCAGUGGUGGCAGCAUCCCUGUCCUGAAGCUUGGGAGUGGGAGUGGAGCUCGAAAAGCCACCCAGCUCCCGCGAAAACGACGACUGGAGCUGGAGGCGGGGCAGGUCGGAGCUUGGGUGGCCCGCCCGCACGCGAAUCGCGCCGCCGGGCAGAGAAGCAGAAUGUGGAGGUGCAGAUGAGGAAGGAGCUUUACGCUCACCUCAAGGAGCAUGGUAUGCGACAUGUUCCUGGCCCGUCCGUUGCGGGGCUUUUCGCAUACCGCUACAACCAAUUCCUUCGCAAGGAUGGGCGCCGCAAUGACGGGAGCGUCCGUGCUUGGAUCAGCAGCCAGCCGGGCGUGGAGGUGGAGGCCAUGGGCGGCAACCAGUGGUGUGUGCAUUUGGACCCGAGCGUGAUUUAG